AUGAAAGAUGAAUUAUAUAAUUCAGUUGAAUAAGCACUAAAUCUAGAAGACUUUUAUGAAAAAUAAUUGGUCUGUUAAAAAUUAAUCUAACAAAAGGAUGACACUAAAAUAGAAAGUUUCCAAUUCAAUAAGAUUGCUAGAAUAAGCUUCAGACAUCGAUUGCUACAACAAUCGGUCAUCUGA